AUGGCUACCGGAGACAUCGGCCUCAUUGGUCUUGCCGUCAUGGGUCAGAAUCUUAUUCUGAACAUGAACGACAAGGGCUUCACUGUUGUUGCUUACAACCGGACCACCUCCAAGGUUGACCAUUUCCUCGCGAACGAGGCCAAGGGUACCAAGAUCCAAGGCGCCCAUUCGAUUCCCGAGCUUAUCGCGAAACUCAAAAAGCCCCGCAAGAUUAUUCUUCUCGUCAAAGCUGGUUCUGCUGUUGACGACUUCAUCGACCAACUUAUCCAGGGCGGUCUUGAGCCCGGUGACAUUGUCAUUGACGGUGGUAACUCCCACUACCCCGAUUCAAUCCGUCGCACCCAGACUCUCGAGGCCAAAGGCUUCCUCUUUGUCGGCUCUGGCGUCUCUGGAGGUGAAGAGGGUGCCCGUCAUGGCCCUUCUCUUAUGCCUGGUGGUUCUCCGGCUGCCUGGCCCGCCAUCCAACCCAUCUUCCAGAAAACAGCGGCUCAAGCUUACGGAGAGCCUUGCUGCGAUUGGGUCGGUGAGACCGGCUCUGGUCACUACGUCAAGAUGGUCCACAACGGCAAGUACAAUCUCUUUCCCGGUAUCGAAUACGGCGACAUGCAACUGAUUGCCGAAGCCUACGAUAUUCUCAAGCGCGGACUCGGUCUUGCGGAGGAUGAGAUUGCCGAUAUUUUCCUCAAGUGGAAUAAAGGCGUCCUUGACUCCUUCCUCAUCGACAUUACCGCCAACAUCCUCAAGUUCAAAGACGAUGACGGCGAACCUGUUGUGUCCAAGAUCCUCGACAAGGCCGGGCAAAAGGGAACUGGUAAAUGGACGGCCAUCGCUGCUCUUGAUGCUGGCACUGCAGUCACCCUCAUUGGUGAAGCCGUUUUUGCCCGUUGUCUCUCCGCAAUCAAGGAAGAGCGUAUCCGGGCCAGCAAAGUUAUGGAUGGACCCAAGAAGGAGCCUUUCCGUGGCGACAAGCAGCUCUUCAUCGACGAUCUUGAGCAAGCUUUGUAUGCCUCCAAGAUCAUUUCUUACACCCAGGGCUUCAUGCUGAUGCGAGAAACGGCGAAAGAACUCAACUGGAACCUCAACUACGCUGGUAUCGCUAAGAUGUGGCGUGGCGGUUGCAUUAUCAAGAGUGUGUUCUUGAAGGAUAUCACUGACGCCUACGUGAAGAACCCCAAACUCGAGUCCCUUCUUUUCGACGAUUUCUUCAGCCGAGCCAUCCGUACUGCUCAACCUGGAUGGCGACGGGUCAUCGCUCAGGCUGUCCUCUGGGGAAUUCCCACGCCCGCUUUCAGCACUGCGUUGGCCUUCUUCGACGGUUACCGCAGCGAGGUUGUGCCUGCCAACCUUCUCCAAGCUCAACGCGACUACUUCGGUGCGCACACCUUCCGCGUUUUACCCGGCAAGGAGAACGACAAGUUCAAACUCGGCGAGGACAUCCACGUCAACUGGACUGGCCGCGGUGGAAACGUCUCUGCUUCGACCUACAACACAUAA